GGCAGAUUGUGAAGGAGAGCGAGCAGGAGACGAGGUAGAUAGAGGUGUAGGAGGAACAGACCAUCAUGACAGAGAGAAAGUAGACAGAAAACAGUGAGAACAGCGAGAGGCGUCUCGUCAGUUCGAUAUGGAGGGCAGGAAGAAGUUUUUCACACUGGACAUGAACAACAUCCUGCUGGACAUCGAGCUGCAGGUGCAGGAGAAGCCUGUGUAGGUGCGCGCCGCCGUCUACUCUCAUCUGGAGGCCUUUGUGCCGUGCAAUAAAGAGGCUCUGCUGAAGCGGCUGAAGAAGCUCAGUCUGAACAUCCAGGACGACCGGCUGCGCACGCCGCUGCACAAGCUCAAGCUGGCCGUGUGCAGCGUCAUGCCGGAGCAGAUCGCACGAUACAACAUGGACUGCAUGGCCAAAGUCGCCAAGCAGCAGAUGGAGGACGGCGACAGAAACGGCUCAGAGGACGACGAUGAUGAGAAGCCAGGAAAAAGAGUCAUGGGACCCAGGAAGAAAUUUGUGUGGGACGACAAACUCAGGUCUCUGCUGUGUAAUCUGGUGCGGGUCAAGCUGGGCUGUUACGAGCUGGAGGGUCAGAGUUCACUCUCACCUGAAGAUUACCUGAAAGUCUUCAUGGAGGCGGAGGUCAAACCGCUCUGGCCUAAAGGAUGGAUGCAGGCCAG